GCGAAUUUCACGAGAUAGUGUUGAAACAAUCAAUUAUCAUCGAUUCAUCUUCACUACGCAAUUAGUCUCUGCAAAUGCAAUGAUUAAUGCUGAAACUCCAAAACUUCAUACCAAUUUAGUAUGCAACAACUACCAUAAACAACACUAAUAAGAGAAAGAAAAAGAGGGGUUUGUACCAGAAAAAAAAACACUCUACAGAAACCGCCAUUUUUAAACGUAACACAGAAUAAAAAGGUCCAUCUUUUUCGACCAAGUGCCAUCAAAAUCCAAUUUUGGAUAAAGUCUCUUUGAAUCCAAGUUUCUCCCUCUUCUGGGGUUGGGUCUAGUACAGUGUCAGUGUCAACCCUACUAAAUUCAUUUCCUUUGGCUUUAACCCCAUUUUCUGCUUCUGCUUCUUUUUAUUCUCAGUAUUCAAAUCUAGGAUUCAAAAACGCUUCCGUACCUACUUAUACCUUCCAUUCCUUCAUUAACAAAUCUACAUUUUCCACAAAGACACUAAUUAAGCUUAGUAUUAGCCAGUACCCACCUUUUAGGACCUUUAAACCUGGCUUAGUAUUUUUUUUUUUUUUUGAUGUUUAUAUCCCUUGUGUAUUUUGUGCACUUGAGAUGUUUGUUUUUUGUCCUUGCUGAGUUCAUUUUGAAUUGGAAAGAGUUCUUUGAAGUUUGUUUCUUAGAGAGAAGUGGCUGAAGGAGGAAGGAACAGAAAAUUGUACAAGACUUUGUGGGAGAACAUGAAGCUAUACACUUCAUUGUUGUUUCUGGGUUUGAUUUCCACGCUGUCUUUUGUAGCUUCUGAUACGGUGGCAAAAAAUGAAGUUUUGGCGCUUCAAACCUUCAGAGAAGCUAUCUUUGAUGAUCCACAUCUUGUUUUGUCCAAUUGGAAUACCCUGGUUUCGGAUCCUUGUGAGUGGAAUGGUGUUUUGUGCAAUGGACCUCGAGAUCAUGUCAUCAAGCUAAACAUAUCAGGGUCAGCCUUAAGAGGGUUUCUUGCACCAGAAUUGGGGCAAAUCACCUACUUGCAAGAACUAAUCUUGCACGGAAACAAUCUUAUUGGCACAAUACCAAAAGAAUUGGGCAUGUUGAAAUCUCUCAAGGUGUUGGACUUGGGGUUGAAUCAGUUAUCAGGACCGAUUCCUCGAGAAAUUGGAAAUUUGACCCAAGCAGUGAAAAUAAACCUGCAGUCCAAUGGGUUGACUGGUAGGCUACCCCCAGAGCUUGGAAAUUUGAAAUACCUUCAAGAACUUCGGUUGGAUAGGAAUAAGCUUCAAGGACCUGUUCCUGCUGGUGGAAGUUCUGAUUCAACUAUGCAUGAGAUGUAUGCCUCAAAUGUGAAUUUAACUGGCUUGUGUCGUACGACUCAAUUAAAAGUUGCAGAUUUUUCAUAUAACUUCUUUGUUGGGAGCUUACCCAAAUGUUUGCGUGUUCCAAGAUCAAGCUUUCAAGGGAAUUGCCUUCAGAUUAAAGACAUAAAGCAGCGGACUUCUGUACAAUGUGCUGGUGCUUCACCUGCCCAGAGCCAUCCAGUAAUGAACCUAAAGCAUCGAGCUGCUGAACAUGUGUCGAAGCAUCAAAGAGCAUCAAAACCUUCCUGGCUUUUAGCUCUAGAGAUAGCGACAGGAGUCAUGGUUGGUUGUCUCUUUUUGAUUGCUAUUUUCACGGCGUAUCAGAGGUUUAACAGCAAAUCAUCUAUCAUCAUUCCUUGGAAAAAAUCUUCAAGCGAGAAAGAGCAUAUGACAGUAUAUAUAGAAUCUGAUGUGUUGAAAGAUGUGACGAAGUAUAGCAGACAAGAUCUUGAAGUGGCCUGCGAAGACUUCAGCAACAUAAUUGGUUCUUCACCAGAUAGUGUGGUCUACAAGGGUACAAUGAAAGGUGGACCCGAGAUUGCUGUAAUUUCCCUCUGCAUUAAGGAAGAGCAUUGGACGGGUUACCUUGAGCUCUAUUUUCAGAGAGAGGUGGCAGACUUGGCAAGGUUGAAUCAUGAGAAUACAGGAAAACUGCUAGGUUAUUGUAGAGAGAGCAAUCCUUUUACCAGGAUGCUGGUUUUUGAUUAUGCUUCAAAUGGGACACUCUAUGAGCACCUACAUUGCUAUGAAGAAGGGUGCCAAUUGUCUUGGACACGGCGUAUGAAAGUUAUUAUAGGCAUUGCUCGUGGACUCAAGUAUUUGCACACAGAAAUUGAACCACCAUUCACUAUCUCAGAGUUGAAUUCCAAUGCUGUAUAUCUUACAGAAGACUUUUCACCAAAGCUGGUCGAUUUUGAAAGUUGGAAGACAAUUCUUGAAAGAUCAGAGAAGAAUUCUGGUUCCAUUGGCAGCCAGGGCUCCAUGUGCCUUCUUUCAAAUUCCGUGGAGGCACGUCGUCUUGACACCAAAGGAAACAUAUACGGCUUUGCAGUACUUCUACUGGAAAUAAUCAGCGGACGACCUCCGUAUUGCAAGGACAAAGGGUACUUGGUGGACUGGGUAAGAAACUCUAAUUUUAUCUGCUUACUUAAAAUUCAAGUAACCACUCAAUUCAACUUGAAUUUGUAUCAACAGAUUGUAAGGAAACUAAACUUUUCAUUUUAUUUGCUUAAUUAUCAUUAUCAGGCUAGGGAAUAUCUUGAGAUACCGGAAAUGAUGUCAAGUGUGGUGGAUCCAGAGUUAAAACAUUACAGAGAAGACGACUUGAAAGUAAUAUGUGAGGUGGUAUCUCAAUGCAUCAAUGGUGACCCCAACGGCCGUCCGUCAAUGCGGGAAUUAUGUAGCAUUCUGGAGGGCAGAAUUGACACUUCAAUUAGCGUGGAUCUCAAGGGAUCAUCUUUGGCUUGGGCUGAACUUGCCCUUUCAUCUUAGAUUCAUUUGAGAUUGUGUCAAUGCUAAUGACCAAGUAUAACACAGAUUGUCACAUAUACAUUCAACCAGCAUCUAUAACUACUACUAAUACAUGUUCUUUUUUCUGACUACUUAAAUUGUCAAUUUUUUCUUUUUCUUUCUUACAUGUAAAUGGUUGCUAAGAAAGGGAAUGGGUGAGGAUUAAUGCAUGACAAGGUGUCAUCAUUGUAUAGCAGUGGUAGGUGAAAUUCCAGAAAUUGAUUAAUGUAAGAAGUUUGUCAGGCUACAAUUGUAUUUUUCGUAUAUUUGUAUACAUUGAGCAUUUUGUUGUA